CGACACUUUUCUUCAGCAAACAUGAAGAUCCUUACGUUGAACUUCUUGACUUGCGCGAGAAAGACAUGCAAGUCGUCGCCAGCGGCGUUCCCACUGCAUCCUAAGGAAGCAGAACUUGAGCAGGUCGAGCUUGAGAUAAAUCCGACUUUUAUCAAGAACAUCUUGCCAAAAUUAGACUGGGAAGCCAUGAAGCAGCUGACGCAGGAGCUUGGCCUGCCAAAUUUGCCCGCUGAGACCCCAUCAGAGGAUGAACUUGUUGGAGCAGACGGGAAUCCUUCGCAGACACUCAAAGAUCUUCACACGCUACUCAUGGAGACGAGUGUGGCUUCUGGAAAGCUGGCUUGCGGUAACUGUGAACAUGAGUAUGCUGUGAAGGAAGGCAUCGCGAACUUUUUGCUACCGAGCCACAUGGUAUGAAAGCCGACCAGCCGAAGGACAUCAGACAUCGGCGCAGUAUUCCGAAUUUUGGGCCAUUGUCGAUGCUGUGAAGACUUGAUGCGAUUACAGGCGUGGAAUAACACCACACACCCCUUUUGGCGGAGGCUGUGAUGAACGACGGGAGUUGUUGUCGUCGCCAUGCUGAGAAGGGUGGCGUAGAGCGGCUGCCAGUGGGAAAGGCGGCAAUGAGCGAGAGAGAAGCGAUGCGGCAGUCACAUUAAAGUAGGCGCAGAUGGGCGACGCGCCGCUGCCUUCAACGAGCUCAUGCCGCAGAAAGCUAAGAGUUCGAUCUCGCGAUCUUAGGUUUUUAUCACCAAUCUAGACAACCCAUCCUCAUUCG